UGCAUGUUCCCUGACGCCGCACAAAGUGCUGCCCGGUCUCGCGGAUGCAUGCUAGAAGACAAUCGGAGGAGCUCGGCCAGUGCAACACGUCCGAUGGAUGUACCUGAAAACGCAGCGACUACGCCUUCGUCCUCCAGCUCUGCCGUUUCCCAGCAGGACUCCGCUCUCUGAGACAUGGACCCGUGUUAACGUCUCCCGCCCGACUCCCUGCAACACUAUGGUUAAAGUGUAUGCCGAGAUCCAUCUCUGUAACAUUAUCCGCCUCUCCACCCGCCGCUCAUCUUCCCCAGGAAGUCAGCCGUCAAAACAAGACAGCGCCUCUCUCUCGGCUCCGUGGAGCCCGUCAGCACCUGUGAAGAGUCACUGAGCCGACGUCUCCGACACCGUGUUCCCCUUGUCGUCCGGGGCCUCCGUAAGCCCUGAGGCGAGCGGUGUCCAUCUACCAGCACCUCUACAGUCCAGCAGUAUGGCGGUCGGGAUGUCCACCACUCGCUUAUGAUUACCGCUCCAUGCGCCUCACCUCUCGUCUGAGCUCCGUGGCCCCCUCACUGUGCCGGUCCCCCGCUCCAAACACCACCCCCCAGCCUGCCAUGCUCCUCCAGGCCGUGUUUCUGCUGCUGCUGCACUGCUUGGCCUCCACGCUGGGCCAAUACGAACCGUGCAAGUCCCUGGUGAGCACGGAUGAGGGCUCGGUGUGGGAGCAGUACGCGUGCCAGCCCAAAUCCGGGUCCAUGAGAGACUACAUGCGGAUCAAGGUGGAUCCGCCCGGAAUCACUUGCGGAAACCCGCCCGAGAGGUUCUGCACUCUGGAGAACCCGUACCUGUGCAGCGACGAGUGUGACGCCUCCAACCCGGAUUUGGCUCACCCGCCUCAGCUGAUGCAGGACAAGGAGCGCAGCGGCCUGCUCACCUACUGGCAGACCGUCACGUGGAGCCGGCACCCGGAGCCCCUGCUGGCCAACAUCUCCAUGUCCUGGAACAAGAGUCUGGAGCUCACGGACGACAUCCGGAUCACCUUCGAGUACGGCCGUCCGACCGCCAUGGCGCUGGAUAAGUCCAUGGACCACGGGCGCUCGUGGCAGCCGUACCAGUACUACGCCGACGACUGCCUGGACGCCUUCGGCAUUCCGCCCAAGCGCGCCGGCGACCUGUCGCCCGCCAACAUCACGCGGGUCAUCUGCAGCGAGCAGUUCUCGCGCUGGGUCGGCUCCAAGAACGACAAGAACGUGAAGUUCGAGGUGCGGGCGCGCUUUUCCGUGUUCGCGGGAUCGCGGCUGCAGAACAUGGACAGCCUGUACACUCGCAUGGAAAGUAUGAAGGGAUUGAGGGACUUCUUCACCUUCACCAACCUGAGGAUAAGGCUCCUGAGGCCCGCCCUCGGAGGCACCUACGUCCAGAGGGACAACCUGCUGAAGUACUUCUACGCCAUCUCCAACAUCGAGGUACCGGCAAGGUGUAAGUGUAACCUCCACGCCUCCCAGUGCCUGCUGCAGGAUGGGAACCUCCAGUGCCAGUGUGAACACAACACCACGGGCCAGGACUGCCAGCGCUGCAAGAAGGGCUUCAAAGCCAAGUCCUGGAAGGCUGGUUCCUACCUGCCAGCCCCCAAUGGAAGCCCCAACACCUGUACAAUUGCUGGUUCCCCCUCCGGUUCCAACUGCGAGUGCUACGGCCACUCCAACCGCUGCAGCUACAUCGACUACCUGAACAUCGUCACCUGCGUCAGCUGCAAGCACAACACCAGGGGCCAGAACUGCCAACACUGCAGGCUGGGAUACUUCCGCAACGCCUCCGCUGACCUGGACGACGAGGGCGUCUGCAUCGAGUGUAACUGCAACCAGAUGGGCUCGGUUCACGACCGCUGUAACAGCACCGGCUACUGCCAGUGUAAAGACGGUGCCGCGGAGGCCAAGUGCGACGACUGUCUGCCCGGGUACUACUGGAAACAAGGCUGCUACUCUAACGUUUGCGACGAGGAGAUGCUCCUGUGCCAGAACGGAGGAACCUGCAACCAGGGCCAGAAGUGCAUCUGCCCUCCGGAGUUCAAAGGGGCGUUGUGCCAACAACCCCGAUGCGAGGCGGGCAAGGAUUGCAACGCCGCCUCUUCCCUGCACCUCGCCACGGCCACCCUGCUGCUCUGCACUCUGCUAGCCCACCUGCUGGCCACCUUAAAUACACACUGAGCCACGGGAAGAAAACAAAACCUCAGACUAAGGAGAGUGUGUGUGCGUGUGUGUGUGUAUGUGCGUGUGUACGCGAGGCGAGGGCCGCCCCAGUCGUGGACCCACACACCCCCAACACUCGUCAAAAGGACACACGCACACACGCACACACUCACACAACACUAACUAGCCCCAGUCUCCUUACAAACACACACACACACACACAUAUAUAUACACCUCACAGGACUGUUAUGAUACUGGGUGUGUGCUCAGGUGUGAGAAGGACUAACAGAGAAGAAAGGGGAGUGACCUUAGAGGAAAAAAAGAUGCAGAUGAAGGGGGGGUGAAGAAGAAGAAAAAAAUCAUACCAACCACUGUUCCCUUUAUUCCUGAGCUGGAGCAAUGUGCAUCAAACCAAAAAGCAUAAACAAAACACUUAAGUCACCACUUCAAAGGGAAUGGCUGUCGUACCCACAAGGACCCUUUUUCAUUUUGUUCCCUUAUUAUUGGUUGAGUUAAGGAUCUCACCUCCGUUUGACUGGCGGCCAACGUGCGUGCGUGUUUGUGUGUUUGUGUGUGUGUGUGGUCAGACUCGGUGAGAGUACGCGACACGACGGACGAGUCAGAGGAGGCCAGAUGUGCGUUGGAUCCUCCUGCUGAGGCCGACGUCGUAUAUUAACCAGGUUUCAUUUUCUUCUCAAAAGAUGAUACUUGAUUUUACAUUUAUUCUAUUUCCGCUGCAUUUUUAUUUUAAAAUUAUAUCUCAGUCAUUGUAUCUAAUGUGCCCACUGACAGUCGCUGAGAUUAUACAUAUUAUAUAAUGUCCAGGGGGUUACGAAUAAUAAAAAAAUGUAGUCACUAUUAUGGUUGUUAUAGGAAUGAGUGAUUGUUGCCACACUUAGCGAGAUUUAAUCUUCACAAAGUAUUCAGGAAGCAGAAUUUAACAGAAUUUAAUUUCUCAGAUGUCUAAAAGAGAGAAAGAGAGAAAAGAUAUCGACCACGUAUCAAUAUUAUAUGACAUUAUUUGAAUAUUUUUUUGUAGAAAUUAUUUUUGUUUGGAGUUACAAUAAAUCAUAAAAAAUUACAUUUACAACUAUUCCAAAUGAGCAUUUUAUUACACUGAGUGUAAACCUUGCAGUAAAUAUGACUGUUAUUUGCCUUCUUGCUUGUACUCUUGUCAUUCAAUCAAGUGUCUGAGAUCACAUGCUGUUCACAUCUUUGUGGGGUGAAAACAAUGAUAGAAAGAGUUAUCAAUUGUAACCCUUUCACUCACGUUUGACAUGGUAUUGAAUGCUCUCAUUUACAGGCUACCCCAGCAGUCUGUCUGACAAUCACAAAGAACUGCUUCAUGUCCAGAGAAUAUGAAUCAUUUUAUUCUGAUAAAAGUUGCUAAGAGCUUUUUAUAUCUGAAAAUGUCCCUCGCAGAUACAAGUGAUGUGCUAAUUAAACAUAUUUGUCAUUGUACAAAUGAA